GUAGUGAGCAGAGCACAGAUAGUCCUGUGUGUAGUUUUGCGCUUAACUACAAACAAAUGAGCCAUCUGUCUGCUUAUCGCGAUAUCAAAUCCCAAAUUUGAGCGUGAAAGACCUUCAGACCGAUAGUCAGCAGUAAGUUUAAAAACCUAUAUAACGUUAAAAUACGAUGUUCGAUCAUAGCGCUGGGCACAGCACAGGUUGUCCUUUGUGUAAUUUUACGUUAACAACAAACAAACGAACUUUUUUUUCUGAUUCACGGAUCAUACCGCUAAACUGAAUUAUUGUUUUCCAAUUCACCGCUAGAGCUUAUAACUUUGCCACGUGAAGUUAGUAACUGGGUGUUACUAGCAGUCAGUUUGCUAUCGAAAAUGUCUGUUACGAGGCGAUUGCUUCUUAUUUCGAACUCCACAGAGCAUGGUAGUGGGUUCCUAGAAUACUGCAGUGAACGAGUUAAAGCUUUCUUUUCAAAAUAUGGAGUGUCAAAAGUCUUGUUCGUUCCAUAUGCUCUCUUCGACUAUGAUGGUUACACAAGAAAAGCAAGAAAUGCGUUUCAGAAUAUGGGAUUAGAACUGGAAAGUAUUCAUGAAAAAGAAGAUCCUGUAGAAGCAGUUAAAGAAGCACAAGGAAUUUUUAUAGGGGGUGGAAACACAUUUCGGCUGCUGAAGACUUUAUAUGACAACAACGUUAUUGAACCUAUUACUGAAAGAGUGCUUCAAAGCGGUUUGCCUUAUAUGGGAUCAAGUGCUGGAACCAAUGUUGCCACUGUAAGCAUCUGUACAACUAACGACAUGCCAAUUGUCUUCCCACCGUCAUUCAAAGCCUUGGGUCUUGUGCCAUUUAAUAUUAACCCACACUAUAUUGACCCAGAGCCAGGUAGCAUUCACAUGGGGGAGACGAGAGAAGAAAGAAUAAAACAGUAUCAUGAAGAAAGAACAACCCCGGUAUUGGGUUUAAAAGAAGGCAGUAUGUUGGAAGUGGAAGGAGACAAAGCUGUUUUACGAGGAAAGACAGGGGCAAAGUUGUUCAUUAGGGGUCAAGAACCGCAGGUACUGGAAAUUGGAACUGACAUUAGCCAUCUUCUGAAGUCAGAGUGAGAAAUUUAACAACAGAGGCAAAGAGGCUCGUAACAACUGCAAUUAGUAAAUGUAAAAGAAAUAACAGUGUAAAAUUGGGUUUUAAUUUUGUUAAAUAAUCAUGACUCGAUGGUGUGUAUAUAUAGUCGUUAAUUUGUAUUGUUAUCAUGCAAUUAAAAUCGUAAUCUUUUUUAAAUGAAAUAUAAUAACUUACAAACGUUUUCAAAGUAUGAUAUUCUUUAAAGUUUUGAUAUUCAAGAUUUAUAUUAAAAUACCAAAUAUGCAUUGGUAAAUUCUAUGAAAAAAAUGAGUGAUUGUGAAUAUUACAUUCUAAUUUUUCAUGUUUAACACACUUUUGCAUUUACAGUGCAGAUAUAAUUGUAUCAGUUAUAUUACAGAUGUAAGUUCACAAAUGAUUACUUGUUUAUCAGAGGAAUGAGAAAUAAAUUGUUUUCAUAGUA